AUGUGCGCACUGGCUUCGGUUGAGCGAACGGAAAGUCAAUGGAAGGCACUCUUCGCCACUGAGGGCUUAGAGCUUAUACAAACAAUAAGCUAUAAGCCAACAAGCUACGAGAGUAUUACGAAGUUUGUGCAAAUUUAG